GCCAACCGGAACCAAAACACAGUUCGUGCAAAAUGUUCAUUAAAACUAAAUGGAAAUAGUGUAUAUUCUUUUAAUAGUGUCCUUAAUUUGUUACUUAUUAUACUUAAUACAUCCAUACUGGAUAUUGUUUCUGUCCAUUGUAAUGAUCUAUACAAUGUACACACAAUUCAUUGUGAUAAAUUAACAUGUUUUUUUUUAAAAUCAAAUGAUCAAAAUAACAAUGGCUUUGCAUAGUUGCAGUUCGUGAAUACAUCGCACGCAGACAGUGCUGUACUAAACACGCGAGCACAUGUACAAAUAAAAAUUGAUUAGAUUUAAUAUCAAACGAAUCACGAACGUGGUGACAUUGAGAAAAUAUGAAGUUUUUUGUAAAUAUUUACGUUAUUUUGGCUGUUUUCUGUGUAGGAGUUGACGUGAAAAGAAAGGUCCAACUUUCGGUGUUUUAUGAAAGCGCUUGCUCUGACAGCAAAAACUUUAUAUUGAAGCAAUUACAUCCGACUAUACAUAAACUUGAGGACUAUAUCGACUUGCAGCUCAUACCUUUUGGGAAGGCAUCGAGUAUAAACAAUGGUGGGGACGGAUUCGAAUGUCAACAUGGACCGCCAGAAUGCUUCGGGAACCUAAUUCAAGAUUGCACAUUGAACGAAAUGAAGUCAUAUUCAGACGUUCAUAAAGUGGAAUACCUGGCCUGUGAAAUGGAAACAAUGGCUAGUACUCGUGGAGACAUACAGUGCAUAGUAAAAUCGAAUGUACCACAUGAUCCAGUUCGGGAAUGCGUAUACUUGGGUCCCGGAACAUUGCUGCAACUCGAUUCCGAACGCUUAACGAAACUCGUUAACCCAAAGUUCAUACCCACUAUCGUUUUGGACGGGGUCUUCGAUCAGGCAACACAAAACAAGGCUUUUAAUGAUUUAAUGGGCACUAUUUGUGAUAGACUGAGAAACGUCAAGCCCUGUAAAGAAUAUUUUAGGAACAAAUAAUGAUUAUAAAUAGUACAGCGUAAAAUGAAGCGACCUUAAAAACUAAACACUGUUGUUACCUUGGCUGUGUUGUGGUUGUAUUUACAUUUUACAAUAAAAUAUUUUAUAUACUUCACUUGAUAUUAAAGUAAAAAGUGCAGUUUAUUUUUUUUAAAUCUGAAGUUUUUAACUUAAAACAAUAUUCGGACUUUUUAAUUAUAUAUAUUGUAAUUAGAACUCUUACAGACACUUAAUCAUGCAUACCGUCGUUGUCAAACCAAAAUCGGCUAUGUAUACUUUUUGAGAUUUUUACUUUUUGACUGUUUCGUAUAGUUCACAGCCCUAUCUACCGUAUAAAAAAACUGUUAAUUGUUUAACAUUUAUCUAUAGCUUUUAUUUGAUAUAGUUCUUAAAAAUUUACCUCUAAAUAAGAUUUUACACGAAAAUGUUUUUACACGUUAAUUCAAAAUAGAGUUUUUGCACAUAGCAGAUUUUUGUUUCACAGCGACGAUACAUUAAAAUUCCUUAUUUACUAAAAGCAAUUUCGUUCCCGAUCUCUGUACCGAAUAUAGUACAUAUUCAAAUCCAUCAUGAUCUUAUAACUCUACGUAAAUACCCAAUUAAAAUUAUAUCGAAAGAAAAUCUGCAAUCGUUCUCCAAUUUUAUCACUGAUUAAAUUUAAUCUUUAUUUAUCAAAGCAUCUUAUCAA